GCUUAAAACUAUCGUAAGAGCAAUAAGUGAUUGGUGGUGUAAUAAAAAGUUAUAAAGUGACUAUGAGUGAAAAUUACUCUAUUUUCAUAGUAUCAUCCAAUACUAUCUGAUAAAUUCAUAAUAAUAAUAUUUUUUCAAACAAAAAUUUUAAGCAGGACAAUUAAGUUGAAAAUCCGGUCGAAUAAGCGUUAAUUACAGUAAAGUGAAAAAUUAAUUAUUGGCGCGAAUCACGAAUUUAAAGGGUAAAAUGGAUUGGAUAAAGUCAAUAAUAAUAAUGAAUCCAGUUGGAUAUAGAAGGACCCCACCUAAAGCAUUAGAACAGAACAACAAGUUUCUGCAUAAACUGUUACUACUCAUUGGUGUUCUUCUUCUUCUUUGAUUUCGAGAGGUCAAUAAAGUGACCAACUUUUGUUGCUUUUUCUCAUUCAAUCAAAACCCUCUCUCUCCACUUUUCUCUCUUCUUCUUCUUCGUAUUCUUCAUCUCAAUAAUAAUCUCUUCAUCUUCUUCUCUGCAACUUCUGAUUCUUCCUUCUGUAGACAGACAUGGAUGCUAUUUCACCUCUCAGAGCUGUGUGUGGAAUCGGUGCUCAACACUCCGGGACUAGAAUCGAUCAUGGGCUUUCUGGGUUUUGUUCAUUUUCUCAGGAAAACAAAUCAAAAUCCAAACUUUCACCGGUUAUGACGAGCCUGGAUUUGAAGGAACAUCCCAUGGCUUGAAACCAAACACUCACCGCUUUGUCUUCUUCUUCCUAUGUGGUUCCUGUCAGCAAAAAAAAAACAUCUCUUUUCUUUUUUCUUUAAAACCCAUUUUUUUUUAGAUUCAUAAAGAAAGCUGUUUUGCCAAUAAAUUAGAUAUUUUGUUUGUUUUAGUUAUCUUAUUUUUUUUAGAUUCAUAAAGAAACCAUAAACAUAUUUUUGUAAUCUUAUUUCUUUUGAUUUGGUAUAACUUUUUUAAUAAAUAUAAAUGCCAAUAAAUUAGAUAUUUUGUUUGUUUUAGUUAAAAUAUGUCAAACUGGAAAAUCAAUUGGUUAAUUAAUAUAAUAAAGAUGAACAUAUAAAUUUAAAUAAAUUUUAAAUACUUAACUAUUAAUAUUUUUUUAUGGAUUAGAGUUACUUUGGUUUUGUAUUUUUGAUGCAUAUUUACAAUUAUAUUUAUACAAAUAUGAUAUAUAAAUUGACGUAAAAUUUUAUAUUUGUAAUCAUAUUUAGCUUAUUUUUAUUAAUGCGAGAUAUAUAUAUAUAUAUAUAUAAUUUAAUUAAUGAUAUAUGAAUUAAUAAUAUAUUAUAAUAUUUUACCAAAAAUAAAUAUUUAUAUGUAAAAUUAACAUUAAUGAUGAUAUAUGAAUUAUUAGUCAUUACCAUAUUUAAAAUUUUUGCAGAAAAAUAUAAGUUUUUAUAAGGAAAUUUUACAUAUCACAAUUUAUAUGAUGCUAUAUUACUAUUUUUUAAAGCCAUGUCAUUCUUUUAUUGUCAUUUCAUAUUUUUUUAGUGGCAUGUCAUCAUUUAUAUGAUGAUAUAUUACUAUUUUUUAAACCCAUGUCAUUUUUUAGUGUCAUGUCAUAUUUUUUAGUGGCAUGUCAUCAUUUUUUUAGCGGGAAUGAUUGUAGUUACGACAUGUGUACAAAUCACUUCGCAUGGAUAACAUUUUUUUUUUUUAAAUAUAUAUAUAUAUAUAUGUAUAUAUCUUGAAAACACCAAUCUUCUACAAUGGAGACAAUAUUUUGAAAUUUACUUAUUUACAUUUUUUUGUUUAUACAUGGUAUAAAUAAUACAUGUAAAUUUUAAUAAUAUCUCUAUUAAAUAUUAUACUUUUUGGUUUACAUUUUUUUAACUUUGGUUGAAGUAAUCUUAGCAAAUUAAUGCGAAAGUAUCUAGCAUAUGACAAACUAUAUGGAUACCAGUUAAUUCGUACUAUUAUUUACUAAUUCACAUAUUAAAAAAAACAAUUUGUGUUGUGGUUUUGACAUUUAUAUGGUGAAAAUAGAAUAUCUUUCUUUUUCUAUGGUUAUCCAACUAUAUUAUUGACCUCACAAAUUUAAACCGAUCUUUUUUUUUUCAGAAUAUUGAAUGUUGAGUAUUAAUUAACGGAGAAUUAACAUGUCAAACAUAUGUUAUAUAAAUGUCAUAGAACAUUUAUAUUUUAUAUGAGGACUAUAUUAUAGCUAUUAUAUAAUAUUAAAGCAUGAUCUUAUUGUUUUUUUACUAUUAUUGUCCCUACUAUUAUUGCCGUACCUCCUACAACACCAGCCAGACCACCUCCUCCAGCACCUUGGACACCUCAGAGAGACAAAAAGAAAAAAAAAACACUUAAAAAAACUGAAAAUAAAGUGUAAUAAGUCAUAUAUUGUUGCCUAAGUGAAUAAAGCAGUUCAAGUCUUGUUUGGUCUCUAAAUACAUAUUCUUUGUUUAUUUUUUUUAAGUGAUUGCGUGAGACUGAAGAAAAGUUUUUGUGCCUUUUUACUAUACAAGAAAAAAAUGGCAGAAGAAGAGAAUUCACUUGAAUAUACACCCACUGACCCACAUGGGUCGUAGCGUUUAUCUGUUUCAUCAUCGUUCUCUUAUCUCUUCUUCCUGAACGUUUUCUUGAAAGGGGAGGAGUUUUAGAUAGUCAUCUGGAGGCGUGGAAAAUAUUGCUGUAGAGAAACCAGCAGGAGCUUGCACGAACAUCCUUUUCUCAUCAGGAACCACCGGUGAGCCACAGGCUAUCCCAUGGACCAACAAUUCUCCUCUGAAAUCUGCUGCUGAUGCUUGGUGCCAUAUGGAUGUUCAUCAAGGAGAUGUUGUUGCUUGGCCGACCAACCUUGGGUGGAUGAUGGGUCCGUGGCUCGUUUAUGCUUCCUUGAUAAAUGGAGCUUGCAUGGCGUUAUACAACGGUUCACCUCUUGGUCCUGCUUUUGCCAAGUUUGUGCAGCGACCUCACACCGGCUCAAACACUUGAUCUUCUUUGUUCCAAGAACUACUUAAUGGUGGAUAUAAGAUCAGAGAAAGAAAAGGAAAAAUCUGGGAUUCCUCGUCUCCCUUCAAAUGCUAAGAACAGUAUGAUCGCCAUUCCAUUAGAAGAGCUACCGAACAAAGUUAAAGGAAUCGUGAGGAACUCAAAACGUGUCGAAGCAGAAAUAGCAGCGUUAAAGAUAUCUUACCUCAAGAGAAUCAACAAAGGCUCCAACAUCAUCAUCAUGGACUCGUACUAGGACUCCGCUAAAAUAGUGGCGAAAACGUUAAAGGUUCUCGGGUUUAAAAACUGAUGGAUCGUUACUGAUGGAUUCUCUGGUGGGAGAGGAUGGUUGCAGAGCCGGUUAGGCACUGAUUCUUACAACUUCUCGUUCGCACAGGUGUUGUCUCCAUCCAGGAUUAUCCCGGCAGUUUCUAGGUUUGUUACUAGAUCAGGAACCAAGUUCCUUCCUAGGUCCGACUGAAUAAAAACAAGAGAAUGUAUCAUCAGCUAAAGCAAGUGUUGUUUUAUAUUCCUUUUUAUAUCUCAACUUUGAGAGAUCUUUUGAUAAGAUUUUCGAAUUAUUAUUUUGUCUUUUA